UCUUCAAUUCAGCUCCCCAUCCCUCCUUCCCCAUUCACCCUUCCCACUCUACUCCUUCCCAACAACAACAACAACACCACUCUCCACCAUGUCUACCGAAGCAGUCGCUGAUAUUGGUCUCAUCGGUUUGGCCGUCAUGGGUCAGAACCUGAUCCUCAACAUGAACGACAACGGCUUCGUUGUCUGCGCCUUCAACAGAACCGUCUCCAAGGUCGAUCAUUUCCUUGCGAACGAAGCCAAGGGCACUCAGAUCGUUGGUGCUCACUCGGUCGAGGAGCUCUGCAAGAAGCUGAAGCGUCCUCGCAAGGUCAUGCUGCUCGUCAAGGCCGGUCAGGCCGUUGAUGACUUUAUUGAUCAGCUCUUGCCUCACCUCGAGAAGGGUGAUAUCAUCAUUGAUGGUGGAAACUCUCACUUCCCCGAUACUAUUCGUCGCACCAAGGAGUUGGAGGCCAAGGGACUCCUUUAUGUCGGAUGCGGUGUCUCUGGUGGUGAGGAGGGCGCUCGUCAUGGCCCCUCCAUGAUGCCUGGUGGUUCCAAGGAAGCAUGGCCCCAUGUCAAGCCCAUUUUCCAGGCCAUUGCUGCUAAGGUCGAUGGCGAGCCCUGCUGCGACUGGGUCGGUGAGACUGGUGCUGGACACUACGUCAAGAUGGUCCACAACGGAAUCGAGUACGGUGACAUGCAGAUGAUUUGCGAGGCCUACCAGAUCCUCAGGGAGGCCCUCGGACUCUCUGCUGAGGAACUCGCUGACAUCUUCACGGAGUGGAACCAGGGCGAGCUUGACUCAUACCUCAUCGAGAUUACCCGCGAUAUCCUCAAGUUCAAGGAUACCGAUGGCUCACCUUUGGUCGAGCAUAUCAAGGACACUGCUGGACAGAAGGGAACCGGCAAGUGGACUGUCGUCUCCGCACUCGACAACGGCAUGCCCGUCACUUUGAUCGGUGAGGCCGUUUUUGCGCGCUGCCUGUCCGCGAUCAAGGACGAGCGUGUCCGUGCCUCGAAGAUCCUCGGUGGCCCCGAUGGCAAGUUCACUGGCGACAAGAAGCAGUUCAUCCAUGACGUCUCCAAGGCCCUGUAUGCCUCCAAGAUCAUCUCGUACGCCCAGGGUUUCAUGCUCAUGCGCGAGGCCGCAAAGGAGAACAACUGGAACCUGAACAAUGCUGGCAUUGCGCUCAUGUGGCGCGGUGGCUGCAUCAUUCGUUCCGUCUUCUUGGGUGACAUCAAGGCCGCCUACACCAAGAACCCCGAACUCGAGAACCUGUUGUUCGACCCCUUCUUCACCAAGGCCGUCUCUGAGGCCGCCCCCGGAUGGAGAAACGUUGUUGCCCAGUCGGCCUUGCUCGGAAUCCCCACCCCUGCGACCUCCUCGGCCCUGGCCUUCUUUGAUGGUUACAGACACGCUGUCUUGCCCGCGAACUUGCUCCAGGCCCAGAGAGAUUACUUUGGUGCGCACACCUACCAGCGUCUCGAUAACCCUGAGUGGGUCCACACCAACUGGACUGGUCGUGGAGGCAAUGUCGCUUCGACUACUUACCUUGCUUAAAAAGACUGGAAGGUUUUUUUGUAAAUAUUUCUACAUUAUUCAUUGCACUCACACCCACACUACACCACGCCAUGCUAUUUUAAAACUACAAUGAUCUAUUUUUUUUUGGCACCGCUUGUCUCUUAUUCCCGGAUUAACUGAAUCGUGAAAUAAAGAAAACAAAAAAA